GUUAUAUAGUUUGCGCUCUUUAUAUUCAGUUGCCUCGCCAUUAUUUGCGCCUUCUUUUGGGGGCCUUCCAAGCUCUCGAUACCGAGCAUUACAAAGUGACUGAAUCUAGUUUCCUGGCAAAUAGCAAAGUAGAUUUAUCUGGGCUCGCCCGGAGGUCCAGGCAAAAUGGCGCAGGCUCAGAAGAUUCUCUUCUCGCUUGUCGCGAGAGGCCAGGUCGUUCUAGCGGAGAACAGCGUGGUCACCGGAAAUGUCAACGUCAUUGCAGUGCGGAUAUUGGAAAAGCUGCCGCAUGAGGACACGCGCGUGAGCUACACACAGGAGCGGUUCAUGUUCCACGUCAUGGUGUCGGACGGGAUCACCUACAUGGCCGUGGCGGAGGAGGGCUUCGGUCGCCGCAUCCCCUUUGCCUUCCUGGACGACGUGCGCGGCCGCUUCGUGGCUAUGUACGGCGUAGCAGCCAAGGAGGCUGUUGCAUACGAGUACAACACAGAGUUCAGUCGGGUGCUGGCGGAGCGGGCGGCGCACUUCAGCGACCCCUCCGCGGACGCCAUCAACCGGGUCAAGGGCGAGCUGCAGGAGGUGAAGCACAUCAUGAUUGAGAACAUCGAGAAGGUGCUGGAACGCGGCGAGCGGCUGGAUCUGCUGGUGGACAAGACGGAGGGACUGCAGCAGGUGUCAUUGGCGUUCCGGAGGGAGGCGCGGCGGCUCAAGCACACCAUGUGGUGGAAGAACGCCAAGCUGUGGGUGCUGGUGUGCGCUGCCACGGCGCUGCUCAUAUACUUCAUCCUGGGGAUGGUGUGCGGCUUUACCUUAAAGCGCUGCUGAAGAGGUGGAGGAGUUCACACAGCAGGAGGGAGAUGUGGGGAGGGGGAGGGGGCGGCUGCCGGAUGCUGAAGUGGAUGGCUGUGCCGACAGCGCGGCUGGCUUCGCGCGGCCUGGGGCCGAUUCGUCCAGUGGCUGACCGGUCGGGUGUUUGGUGGCGUGUGGGCGCCGCGUGGAGUGGAGGAUGGGGCGCGCCUCAGCAGCGGCAGGAGUGAAGCAGGCCGUUAGGGAGCGGGUAUUGGCAGGGCGCUGGUGAGCGGGCGCAGCAGGUAAUGAGCCGUGUUCAGCAGUGUGCAGCAGGAGCGCGGUGCGGGCCAGGGAAUAGCUCUAAUGGGCCCUCUGGUGAGUGCUAGACUGUAAAUGCGUAGGAUAAAAUAAGUGUCAUUCUACGGAAUGCUACGUACUGGCAUCAAAACGGUGUAACGGGCAGGGGCG